AUGGAUAAUGGCGAAUCAUCGACCAAUAAUUCAUCGCGUCCAUGGGAAUCAUACAACACCGUCUUCACUAACGCUAAAGCCGGAAUGGAAGGAGUUGAUAAAGAGAAAGUCCAGAGGAUUGUCUAUGAAUUGAGUAAAGGAUCCAAAUAUUUUCAAAACGAGGAACGUAAAGAAACUCUUAUGAAACAAAAGAUUGAACAUAUGCAUGAUAGAUCUGCAAAGCUAUCUUCCUCUGAUUUAUCUAAUUAUCAGAAGGUGGUUGAUAGAAGGAUCUUAGAGUUAGAAGCAACGCGUGACCUAUCAAGGAUUUGGCUGCAUGUUGAUAUGGAUGCUUUUUAUGCUGCUGUUGAAACUUUGAGUAAUCCGUCCCUCGGGGGAAAACCGAUGGCUGUUGGAGGCUUGUCUAUGAUCUCCACGGCUAAUUAUGAGGCGAGGAAGUUUGGUGUCCGUGCAGCUAUGCCUGGUUUCAUUGCUCGUAAAUUAUGUCCAGAUUUGAUAUUUGUUCCUGUAGAUUUCACUAAGUAUACUCACUACAGUGAGUUAGCAAGAAAGGUUUUUAGGAACUAUGAUCCUCAAUUCAUCGCUGGGAGCUUGGAUGAAGCCUACCUUGACAUAACUGAGGUUUGUCGAGAACGAGGUCUUUCAGGUGGAGAAAUUGCAGAGGAGCUUAGAUCUUCUGUUUAUUCCGAGACUGGACUGACAUGCAGUGCUGGAGUAGCGGCAAACCGCUUGCUAGCCAAGGUUUGCUCAGACAUAAACAAGCCUAAUGGACAGUUUAUUCUACAAAAUGACCGAUCAACUGUCAUGACAUUCAUAUCUUCCCUUCCUAUAAGAAAGAUUGGGGGAAUUGGUAAGGUUACUGAACAUAUUCUGAAGGAUGCUUUGGGAAUUAAAACAUGCGAGGAUAUGGUGCAGAAGGGAUCUCUUCUCUACGCUCUCUUUUCUCAAUCUUCAGCAGACUUUUUUCUCUCUGUUGGACUGGGGCUUGGGGAAACAGACACCCCUCAGGCUAGGUCUCGUAAAAGUAUUAGCUGUGAGAGGACAUUUUCAGCGACAGAAGAUGAAAAGUUGCUAUAUUCGAAGUUGGCUGAAAUUGCUGAAAUGCUAUCUGAUGACAUGAAGAAGGAGGGUCUAAUAGCAAGAACAUUGACACUUAAACUGAAAACUGCCACUUUUGAGAUUAGGAGCAGAGCUGUGAGCCUGAAGAGGUACACAUGUUCAAGCGAGGAUAUACUAAAGCAUGCUACAAAGCUGUUGAAGGCAGAACUUCCUGUUUCUGUAAGGCUGAUAGGGUUGCGCAUGUCUCAAUUCAGUGAUGAAAUCCGCCAUUCUGAUCCUUCACAGGAAACUAUCACCAAGUUCAUCGUUCAAAAGGAUUUCUCGAGGCAAAAUCUGGAUGAUAACAAGAUAGAUGCUAGUAAAAAUUGCUUAAGUAAUGACGAGAGCAUGAGUUUAUCCUUUGAUACACAUGAGACAAGCUAUGAUCAACUGAAAGAUGUUCUCGAAAAUGAAGAACAAUCCCAACUAGAUGCCAACAAAGUACCUCCAAAUCAAGAAUGUACGAGAAAAGAAGAAAGGCCACAGGUAUUGGAAGGAGAUGCUCUGCUCAUAAAACACAAGGAGUAUAAACCAGAUACGAGUCACUCAAUGAAUGACAAUUCUAGUGCGCAAAACUCUGAACCAGUUACAUUAUUUCUGCCAAUAGAGCCGUUAUUUUGGAUUGAUGGCUACAAAUGCAACUUGUGUGGAAUCGAGCUACCUCCAUCCUUUGUCGAAGAACGACAAGAACACUCUGAUUUCCACCUCGCUCAGCGACUUCAAAACGAAGAAUCUGGCUCAAGUUCUUCCACUACACCUACUUCAAAACGAAGGAUUCUGGGAAAGGAAAAGGCAAAUUCGAAACCAAAGAAGCAGAAACAAUCUGAAAAGGACGAUGCCACGUGUCAUCUGGUGUUAUAUUAUCCACAUACUAUCUCUUUUCAGGAACGAACCCCAGAAGAAAUGAAGAUGGCUCUGAAUCUGAUCCCACCGAAACUCAAUCUCUCACCGUCCAAUUCCCUCGGCGAACCCAAAUCCUUACCGUCGAUGUCCGACAUCCUGACGUCAUCAAGAGCUCGAAACCUUGACUUAAAGAUUCAGACUUUAGGACCGUUUUUCAGAGUGACGGGUAAGAACGCAGACACAGGCGGUGAAAUCGGAAGAGCAGAGGGAGUGGUUCGGCCAUGGUUCGGACAGGGAUUGGUUCUGCAUUUGGAUACGAUAAGAUUGACGAAAGAGACGAUGAAAAUGGAUAAGUCUGUACUUGGAGUUGGUUUAUACGUCGGAGCUGUAGCGAUUCGACAUGGCUACGACUGUGGUUGCCGCACUGCUCAGCUUUUAGCUAUCUAUGACUCCGAUCUCUACCAUUCCAAGCUGGUUAGGUUUUAUAGAAGGAUUGGGUUCGAAGAGGUGAAAGAAGUGAGUGGUUCGUUGAUCGGAGACAUGGCUGAUAUGUUAGUGUGGGGUGGAGUUGGCACUCGCAUGGAUGCUAAUAUUCAUCAUCUCCUUCUUAAAUGGUCUAAAGUUUUCCUCAAAUCAAAUGUUUAA